AUGGGCACACCUGAGAGAUGCACACCGCUAAAUACAGACACUGUGGAUAGCUCUGUGGAUCCUGCUGAAAAAGAAGAUGAGGAGCAGCAGCCAGACCCAGCCACUGUCCAAAACACCACAGUGGUUGCUGGGGAAACCGAAAAGCCAGCGAACACAGAAGAUCAUGUGAAAGCUGAAGAAGAGUCACAGAGCACUGCAGAGGCUGUAAACACUGCUGACCCAGUGAGCACUGAAGAGUCAGUGAGCACUGCAGAUGCAGUGAAAGUGGAAGAGGCAGCGGUGGCCACUGCAGAGCCGGUCAAUACUGUUGACCCAGUGAGCCCCAGAGAGCCAGUGGUGAGCACUGCAGGUGCAGUGAAGGCUGAAGAGGAGGCAGUGGACACCGCAGAGCCGGUCAGUACCGCUGAUCCAGGGAGCCCCAAAGAGCCAGUGAGCACUGCAGAUGCAGUGAAGGCUGAAGAGCCAGUGAGUGCCACAGACCCAGAGAGCUCCAAAGAAAGACCACUGAGUAUUGAAGAGCCAGUGAUCGCACCUCCUCCAUCAGCAGAGGAGCAGCCCCAGCCCCAGGACUCUGUGCGGCCCCAGUCUCGACAGCAGCAAACAGAGGAACCGGACUCGGCAGAUCCAGAGCCGGAACCAGAAGGUUCUUCUGGAGAACUAGAACCCUCUGAGGCAGAACCACAGAAGGCAGAGCCGUCUCAAAGGCCAGCAAGUCAGGCUGGAGGGGGCCAUGGGAGCGAGGCCCAUGCUGACGAACACACAGAGGGUGAUGGGGUCAAAGAGAAGGAACACAAUGACCAUUAG